AUGUUACAGAGCAUUCACUGGCAAGGGAAGCCCAAGGCAAUGGAGGAGAGAGAAAUAAUUGAAGGCCUAUAUGCAUUGCCUCCCCCUCCAUCUUUGACUGUUGCAAUUGCUAUUACUGGAAAUAGAAAGAGUAAAUAUAUAGUUAAGUGGGCAUUAGACAAAUUUGUUCCCGAGGGGAAGCUUAUGUUCAAGUUGCUACAUGUCCGCCCUAAGAUAACUAAGGUUCCAACGCCAAUGGGAAAUUCCCUUCCCCUUUCGCAAGUGCGAGAUGAUAUUGUAGCUGCUUACAAGAAAGAAGUGGAAUGGCAAAUGAGCAAAAAGCUUCUUCCUUACAAGAAGAUGUGUGCUCAAACAAAGGUGCAAGUAGAAGUUGUACAAAUUGAAUCAGAUGAUGUCAUAGAUGCGAUAGCGAGUGAGGUUGCCAAAUGUAAUAUUACCAAGCUUGUUAUAGGAACUUCAUCCCGGAGAUUGUUUUCAAGGGGACAAAGUUUGUCCUCAAGAAUAUCCGAGUGCACUCCAAGCUUUUGUACGGUGUAUGCUAUUUCAAAGGGCAAAUUGUCAUCCGUGCGUCCAUCUGAUUCAGAGAUAACUGGAAGCAUUAAAGAUGACAGUAGUGACACAAGUUCUUCUACCAGCAAUCCUAUAAAUUGCACUUCCACUUCACAAACAGAGUGGACAGGCCCAAGCUCAGCUGCUUCUUAUUCUCUUUUUUCCUCUACAUCACUACCGAUUCAGCGGUUUCAAUCACUUUCAAUCAUUAAUAAUACCCUUUCUCAUAGAAGAACAAUUUCAAACGAUGCCAAUCAUUCUAGAAGCCUGUCUCUGGAUACUGUGGAAUGGGAGAGCAUUGCCGCUGUGAGUUCUUGUCCAAGUAAUUCAGAUGCAGGCUUUACAAAUACUCGGGCUUCUAGUUUCAGAUGCCAGAUAAGAGACCACCCGUCCAGGAUAUCUGAUCAAGCAUCUACCUCAGCUGUUCCCUCAGAUUUUUCCUCUGAAAACCAGGACAAUAUCAAUUUUGAGCUCGAAAAACUAAGAAUUGAACUGAGACAUGCUCGAGGAAUGUAUGCAAUAGCUCAAAGUGAGACAAUUGAUGCUUCUAGAAAGCUAAAUGAUCUUGAAAAGUGCCGACUGGAGGAGUCAAUUAAGCUCAAGGAGUUGAACCUCAAGGAGGAGGAAGCGAAAGAAUUAGGUCAACAAGAGAAGGAUGGAUAUGAAUCGGUGAAAAGAGAAGCCAAGUAUGUUAAGGAAUGUGCUGAAAGAGAAGCUGCACAAAGGAAAGAAGCAGAAGCUAAGGCCUCACAUGAGGCCAAAGAGAAAGAUAAGCUUGAGAAUGCCAUUGUAGGCCCAGUGCAGCAGUACAAGAAGUUUACAUGGGAAGAGAUCGUGUCUGCUACCUCAUCAUUUUCCGAGAAUCUUAGGAUUGGAAUGGGAGCAUAUGGGACUGUCUAUAAGUGCAGUUUUCAUCAUACAACUGCUGCAGUAAAGGUCCUCCACUCUAAAGAGGCUCACAGGACCAAGCAAUUUCAGCAGGAGCUUGAAGUCUUGAGCAAAAUUCAUCAUCCGCAUUUGCUAAUUCUGCUUGGUGCAUGUUCUGAUCAUGGUUGCCUAGUUUAUGAGUACAUGGAGAAUGGUAACUUGGAAGAGAGGCUGCUCCAAAAAAAUAAUACACCUCCAAUCCCAUGGUUUGAGAGAUAUCGAAUUGCUUGGGAAGUAGCCUCAGCCAUGGUCUUUCUUCAUAACUCAAAGCCAGAACCAAUCAUCCAUCGUGAUCUAAAACCAGCAAACAUAUUGCUCGAUCGCAACUUC